UUCAACAUGUUGAAAUUUGUUAUACUAUUAUCGGCUGUAGCCUGUGCUUUGGGUGCUACCAUACCCGAGGGUAUGGUGCCCGAAUUAGAUGGUCGCAUAGUGGGUGGUGUUGCUACCACUAUUAGCUCUUAUCCUUGGCAAAUUUCUCUACAACGCAGUGGAUCUCAUUCGUGUGGUGGCUCCAUCUAUAACUCCAAAAUCAUUGUAACUGCUGCUCACUGUUUGCAAUCCGUCUCUGCCUCGGUAUUGAAAGUUAGAGCUGGUUCUUCUUAUUGGAAUUCUGGUGGCGUUUUGGUUAGUGUUGCCGCCUUUAAGAAUCAUGAAGGUUACAAUCCCAGCACAAAAGUUAAUGAUAUUGCCGUUAUCCGUUUGAGUUCUUCCUUGACCAUGUCCUCUAACAUUAAAGCUAUUGCUUUGGCUUCUGCCGCACCAGCUAACGGCGCUGCUGCUGUAGUUUCUGGUUGGGGCACCACCUCUUCAGGUGGCAGCAUUCCUGCACAAUUGCGUUAUGUCAAUCUUAAGAUCGUUGGUCGCUCUCAAUGCUCAUCUUCCACUUAUGGCUAUGGCUCUAAAAUCAAGUCCAGCAUGAUCUGUGCCUAUACUGUUGGUAAGGAUUCGUGUCAAGGUGAUUCGGGUGGCCCAUUGGUCUCUGGUGGCCGUUUGGUUGGUGUUGUUUCUUGGGGUUAUGGUUGUGCUUAUACCAAUUAUCCUGGUGUAUAUGCUGAUGUUGCUGCUUUACGCUCCUGGGUUGUCAGUGCUGCUAAUUCUGUUUAAGUCCGUUAGGAAAUAAAGAUUAUUGAAAUGAAUUUUUGAAACA